AUGACACAACGAAGAACUAACUUUGCCAAGCAGCAUUUGUUUGGAAAGGGACUUCCUCUCGGUCCUGGCGCCUACCAUUUCGUUAAGCAUUUCGCCUUCCUGAAAACAAAAGAAAAGCUACAAAGGCAGAAUCCUCUCGGCCUCGCAACCGCAGUAUUGAAAGCCGAAGCCGAAGGCCGUAAAAGACACGGCCGAAGAAGCUAUGGUUAA